UUGUUUCGCGGUUUAGGGCUUCCAGGGAACAGAUAAAUACUACAUCUCCAAUAGAAGGGCACGCGGGCCUGGAGGCACAGCUAAGAUUUUUUUUCUUUGAAUUGUCACCAUAUCCUCCGCACCUGCAGAGGUCAGGUGUAAAACACGAUGAAGGAAGGUUUGUCAAUAUCUCAGGAUAUCAUUGAUAUCUGAUAGUGGUCUCCGGGCACAGCCAUCCAGGGCGCUGUCCCCCAGCUGCCCGAUGGGACGAGAGACGCCAGCCCCAGGGUAACCCGAGGAGCGUCGCAGGCCGCGCGCGGGAAUCGGUGAUUGGGAUCCGUAGCGACCCAACCCCACCGGCCAGGCUGAAGGAGCCCAUUUUGCAGCUCUCCAGUUUUUGUAGAAUGCUGUAAACAGUUGUCACAGUUUUUCAAGAAACAAAAAGAGUUGCAACUUCCUCCUCCUAAUAGAACUUUUACAGUUGCAUUCAAUGCCUAACGAUGCAGAAGCAGAAAGGGCAAAUGAUUCUGGAAAUCAUGAGCACAAAUCUGAGAGAAAGUCUCCUGAAGAGAACCUACAAGAUGCUGUACAAUCCUUCUGCACACGUGCCUCGGGGGCACCCUUGGCUGCCAAAGGAGAUGGCCAUUAUCCGUGGAGCUGUCCAGUGACCCAUACGCGGGAGAAAAUUUAUGCCAUCUGUUCGGACUACGCCUUUCUCAACCAGGCAACCUCAAUCUAUAAAACUCCAAAUCCAUCCCGCACUUCUUGCCUCCCUGAUAGUACCUCUUUAUCUGCUGGAAAUAACUCAUCAAGAUACAUUGGCAUCCCAACUAGUACAUCAGAAAUCAUCUACAAUGAUGAAAAUAGCUUGGAAAACUUAUCCAAUAGCUUGGGCAAGCUACCUCUCGCAUGGGAAAUUGAUAAAUCUGAAUUUGAUGGGGUGACCACAAAUUUGAAACACAAAUCAGGCAAUGUAAAGAAACAAAUUUCCAAGAAAAAAACUUCAGAUAAAAAAGGAAGACAUCAAAGGGAGUGGCCUCAGCAUUCUCCUCUUGAAGAUAUUAAGCAGCGGAAAGUAUUAGACCUCAGACGAUGGUACUGCAUAAGCCGACCACAAUAUAAGACUUCUUGUGGUAUCUCUUCAUUAGUUUCUUGUUGGAAUUUCUUAUAUAGCACAGUGGGAGCUGGAAAUCUUCCACCGAUUACCCAAGAAGAAGCAUUACAUAUUUUGGGCUUUCAACCCCCAUUUGAAGAUAUUAGGUUUGGCCCUUUCACUGGAAACACAACACUCAUGAGAUGGUUUAGACAAAUUAAUGACCACUUCCAUGUAAAAGGAUGCUCGUAUGUUCUAUAUAAGCCUCAUGGGAAGAAUAAAACAGCUGGAGAAACUGCUUCAGGGGCCUUGUCGAAGUUAACUCGUGGAUUAAAAGAUGAAUCCAUGGCUUAUAUUUAUCAUUGCCAGAAUCAUUACUUUUGUCCGAUUGGCUUUGAAGCAACCCCUGUUAAAGCCAAUAAAGCAUUCAGCAGGGGUCCCCUCUCACCACAAGAAGUAGAAUAUUGGAUCUUAAUUGGAGAAUCAAGUAGAAAACAUCCUGCUAUUCACUGUAAAAAGUGGGCAGAUAUUGUUACUGAUCUGAAUACUCAAAAUCCAGAAUUUCUAGAUAUCCGGCACUUGGAGAGGGGACUGCAGUAUCGAAAAACCAAGAAGGUUGGGGGAAAUUUGCAUUGUAUUAUAGCAUUCCAGAGACUUAGCUGGCAAAGGUUUGGCCUUUGGAACUUUCCAUUUGGAACCAUUAGACAAGAGUCACAACCUCUAACACAUGGCCAGGGAAUUGCCAAAUCUGAGAGUGAAGACAAUAUCUCCAAGAAGCAUCAUGGGCGCCUGGGCCGGUCUUUCAGUGCUAGUUUCCAUCAGGACUCAGCAUGGAAAAAGAUGUCCAGUAUCCAUGAGAGAAGGAACAGUGGCUACCAGGGUUACAGUGAUUAUGGUGGGAAUGAUUGACUAUGCUUGGGUACUGAAAAACUCCUCAUGUUACACAAUGGUCUGUACAGGACUGUAGUAAGACAGUAGAAGAUUUUAUUAAGUCAACUUAAAAUAGGAACAGAUCUGGUGGUACAAAACAUAACCUUGUAGUUCUCCAGUAAAUAAGCUUGUAUAUGAUUCUAAUGGGUGAUUUCAGAUAUAUAAGCAGAUAAGCACAGACUAUUGACUUUUUACAUUUUAAGGGUAUAUAAACAAGCUGGACAAUUUAACAAACUCCAAUACAAUUACGUAUACACAAAUACAAAUUUACUUAAUAACAUCACAAUUUGAAAUAGCUAAGCUUGACAGGAUUUAUUAUGACUUGAUCCCAAGACUUUUGUUGCAGAUAGUUUUAUUCCUAAGGUACCAUCUGCCCUUAAAAAAAAUGGGGCUAUUGAUUUCUAGUUUUCUGUCAUGGUUAAAGCUCAUUUAAAAUUAUUCAGUGAAUCUAGUAAUUCUUUCCCUUAUAGCAGUAUCUUGCCUGCCUCAUUUGUUUCCUGGUUAACUUUCUCAGGAUUCUCAAUAAAGAGGCGAAAGAGAAAAAGACUCAAGAAACUAAUCCUUUCUAUUGGUGCAAAUGGGUGACCUAAUACAUUGUUUCAGGAUAUUCUUGACUUUCUUGACUUGCUAUGUUACUAUCAAAUAUUGACAAGAACUUUAAGUCUUGAAAGACUUCUGAGGUCUACAAUCUGCUUUAGGCAUUGAGUAAAAGAACAAGUGGCAUCCAUAGUUUCUAUAUCCAUGGUAAUCUGUGAAAUGAGAUCUGGUAUUUGAUUAGUCCUUCAAUAUGGAGUCAUAUAUUGAUAACAGCAUUAAAAAUGCAUUCAGAGGGCAACUAUCCAUAUUCCACACUCUGAACUGUUUUCUUUUUUAAAACAUUAAUUAGUUGUUUGAAGCGAGUGUUAAAUAGCUCAGAAAGUGUGGAUUUCAUAUAUUUGAGCUCCUCUGUACUUACUGUCAAUUUUUCUUGUGUAAUCAACCCGUGACUCACAAAGGAUUAGGAUCUCUUGUUCUUUCAUUUCAGAGGCUGUUCAGAACUCAAAUCAGUAACUUGAUUAUUACAAGAUGCUGAAUAUGUUGGUAACCAUAUUGCAAUACAUCUCAAGGAGAAGGCUCAGAUUUUUAUUUUUUAAAUAUUUUUAUUUUCUCUUUUGAAUUUUAUAUCCAUUUGUCCACUCAGACAUGUGUAAGCCUACAAAAGAGGAUAUAUAUUAUGAAAUGGUCAUUUUUCUGAAGGGAAUAUUUUGCUUGAAACGCAGUGGACUGAAAGAGAUUUGUAGGUUGUUGAUUUUGUUACUUCAUACUGGAACUUUUACGAAGUUUUCAUCAAAUAAAGUUUUGUUUUCUACUUUUA